ACUGUUGUUUAUUCGCCGUGGCCAAUACCUUUACAAGUUUACUUUCCGGUUGUAUAAUAUUCGCUACACUCGGCUAUAUGUCGCAUAUAUCAAACAUUCCGAUGAAUUUGAUUGCAGAAUCUGGUCCAGGGCUGGGAUUUGUUGUUUACCCUAAAGCUAUCGGAACAAUGCCAUUGAGUUCAUUUUGGUCAAUAUGCUUCUUUUCAAUGAUUAUCUUACUUGGGAUUGAUAGUAUGUUUGGUGGCGCUGAAGGAAUCAUAACAGCUGUGGCAGAUUAUUUUCCAAAAGCAUUAGCUAAAACUUGGAUUCGUUGCACGUUUGUUGCAGGUGUAUGCAUAGUCAACUACUUAAUUGGACUAUCGAUGGUCACCAAUGAAACAAACACCUCGAACUGUGCAAACUGCGAGUUGAUUGGGAAAAAGUGA